UUGAGUUGACUGUCAACCAACAAAUUCCGCCUCCUCUAUCGAACAGCGACGGAUGUAUGUCGGUCAUUUGUUCGGUUUUGUUUAAUAUUUACUGUUCUGUUGUUCAUAGAAAAUACUGUUACAGUUACUGAAGUGUAAAAUUAAUGUUAUAAAGUAGUGUUCCUAAUAAUCAUAUUGUGAAGUGCAAAUGUGUUUGUGAAUAUGUUGUCGAGAUUUCACCAUUAUCACGGAUCAAAUAUUAUUUUGUUUGAGGAUAAUACUGUUGCAUACAGAAAAGCUAGUUUUGCUCAUGGCUUAACUUUUAGCGAGAAGCCUCUGCUGCCAGGGGAAAUAUUUCUGGUAGAAAUCGAGAAAACUGAACGAGGUUGGAGUGGUCAUAUGCGAUUAGGACUAACAUUGCUCGAUCCUCAGACGGCUGCACUAGGCGAUAAAGGAUUGCCACAGUACGCCCUGCCUGAUCUUGCUAACACUGGUAUGUCAUGGAUCUUUCCUAUUUCAAAAUCUCAGAACAAUGUUCUUGUAGAGCUUGUGAAUCAAGUAGCCAGUGGGCGGCGGGAGAAUGAACCGCGCGUGUCGGUACUCGGUGACGGACAUGUAGUGAAGACACCGCGCGGCUAUGUGUCUAAAAUGGUCCUUAGGCCACAAACACUGUCACACAAUGGCACCCCUCAGGGCAUAUUACCGAUGGACGCUGGCAGUCGCAUAGGUGUUAUGUUUGUACCAUGUGCCAAAGUGAGCAAAGAUGAACCGGAUUUAGCAGAGAUGCAUUUUAUUAUAAAUGGUGAGGACCAGGGGCCUUGCACUAAGGCUAUCCCAUACACAAGGGGGCCACUGCAUGCUGUAGUAGAUGUCUAUGGCACUACAAAACAAGUCAAGAUAGUACAGCUCUAUGGAGUGAAAACACUGCAAAGUGUGUGCCGAGAUGCGAUCCUGCAGUAUGUGAAUAAUGGUUCUAUAAAGGCAUUACCACUACCAAAGUGUUUAAAAGACUUUUUACUUUCAUAGAGUUUGGCUUAAAGCAAUGCGUGAAGGUUUGACAAUAAGCUGUUGAACAACUGUUUCUUUUAAAAACAAUGACUGGGUGAUAUUGUAACUAUGUAUUUAAAUUUUAUAUAUCCUUCUAAUUUAGACAUAUUGGAAAUUGUGUGUGAAAACUGGUAAUAAGUGAAGGUGCGCUUUGCAAAAAUUAAUGUCUCUUAAAACUAAACAAUUAUGUUGUAUUUUUAACUAAAACAUAGUAAUUUCGAAUUAUUGUUUCAUGUUCAAAUUGAAUGAAUAAAAAAACUGACUAAAUGUUUUUCAGAACCAUAGACAAGUAGAUAGCUAUUGUAUUCAAAAAGUUUGUAUAAUUAAUAGUUCCUGAUGAUUAAAUUAAAUGUUUAAUUCAUCAAUGUAAAUAUGAUUCAUGUAAAUCUUGGUAUGAAGACUGAGAACUGUACUACUUUAAAAAUGAUAAAGAUAAUUUGCAAAUA